AUGCUGGCAAGGACUGGAGCAACUCCGUUUGCCUUCUCCACCCCACUUUCUUAUCACGAGCUCUUCGUAGUUCGUGUUGUCGUGGAGCUUUUGCAGAGACAGCUACUUUUUGCCAUCCUUUGGUGCAUCGCUUUUUGAUUCCUGUUCUGUCUCACCAGCAUUUUUAUCUCAUUCACUUGGGAAAGUGUGCGAAUGGCGUCGUUCAGCUGCAAGUUUUGGAUUCUACUUUCGGCCUUACCGCUUUUGUUACCGAUGAGGACUUGUCGUCGAUAGCGUGCCAGCUGCUUGCCGUCGAUUCUGUUGUCAGCGUUGUUCGUGCUGAUGAAAGGCAUAUUCCUGCUCAAGUCGAAGUAGACUGCGGAGUUCAGACUGUGUUGAAUGCUGAGUGUUGUCUUCAAAUGGAACAUUUCGUGGCGGACCUAUCGUUUCUUUCUCCUCUUACUUCGUCUCCCGAACGCACUUUCGCUGAAAUUCAGCGGUGCAGGCGGGACUAUGGAGCCGAGCUUCGCUCCUUUCUUCUUUCCGAUUCAGCAAAGCCUGGACGCAGUUUUGCCGCGGCUCCUUGUCACUUGCCCGCGUCUCGUGUGUCCCCUGUCAAGGAUUCGGCGUCAAUGCGUGAGCACGCUGAUAAGGUACGGCUUCCUCAUUUUUUUUAUCCACCCUUUUUUCCAGCUUCGUCAAAGCUGCAGCAACGUUUCUCUUAGCAGCUUGUCUAACUUGAAACUUCGUAACACUGUUGCGCCAUGUUCGACAAAACGGAAAGCUGCUGCCGAGGAACGAUGGCGACGUUGCUCCGAUGCGGAGUUCGAAAACGAGGUUUCGCCGACUUCUUUUUUCUAAAUUUAUUGAUUUGUUUCUUUUUUCAGCGUUCAGUUUCACCUGUGCCGAGUGAAAGGAGAGACGGCGUCGGUAGUUUUUUCUCUGCUUCUUCUGCCGCCAGCAAACCUGUGUUUUCGUUCGAUCCUUCUCUCCGUGCGAAAGCCUCUUUGACUCCUUUCAAGAAGCCUCGUGUUGCGUGUGCUCAGUUAGAUGUAAUCGUUUUUUCACGUUUAUUUUGGCCUUAUUUUUUUUUAGCCUCCGUCUUCUGCUGGGGUUUCGCCUGCUCGCCGGAUGCCUGCUCCGUUGAUUUUGUACCCGCCCCUCAGCGUUUCUAUUCCCUCUUCUCGCACUUUUGAAACUGGUGCAUCCCCUGGACAGGUGCAUUCCCUUUACAAUUUUUUUUAUAGCUUAUUUCAGAGUCCAGAAUUUCGCGCUUUGCGUGUCAGCUGCUCUCCUUCUCCAUCUCCUGCUCCGAGUUACCGGUGCGCUGGCAAAAAAAGGCGUUCUUCAGCCAGUGACUUUUUUGGCAGUCCCUCUCAGAAAGUACCGUUGUUGGAAACGCAGCGUCACAGUCAAGCUGUUGAAGACGUGCCCAAGAAGGUUUGCUGCUUUUUUUCCUCAUUACAUUUUUUUUUUAGCAUGCCUCGGUCAGCCAGCCUCGUCUUGUUGUUGGAUUAGCCGAAUAUGACGGCUCCGCCUCUGAUUCGGAUAGUGCCGUUCAAAAAAUUCGCCUUACUGCUGAAGCUCAGAGUGCUUCCAAGUCAUCUUCUCUUGUUGCUUCUCGGCACGGUUCUCAGGAGAAGAAAGAGUCCGGUCUUCGAGUGAAAUUGACGAAACUUAUGGGUUCUACUAAAGCAGCGAAAAAGUAUGCUUUUAUUUUUCUUCUUUUUUUAUUUAAACUUUUUCAGCUUGCGUUGGUCGUGGAGAGGCACAUGCAGCGUUGGGCAAAAAGAUGUUGUUGCCGGAAUGACUGUUCUUAUGGAAUUUGCGAAAGAACACAUUGCCAAAUUGAGAAAGCGUGUUGCUACGCAGCUACAGCAGGACAUUGGUUGUCCCGCGUCCGUAUCCCCUGACGAACGCAAAAAAAGACAAUUGUGUCGGAUUCCGCUUCACUUGAAAACUGACGACGGCAAGAAGUAUGUCUCGAUCAACGACGCGUACACCGCUGCUUGGUGCGAUUUUGUUGGCGUUGUUCCCGUCAGCUCAGCUCCUGUUGUUGUGCCCUGCGCACUAGUUGAUGACGCGGAACGUUUCGACAAUUCUCUGCCACCGAUUCAGCCUUUGGUGGUUGGCUCGGUUGAACCGUCACCUGUCUUUCCGCCUCUUUUAGAUUCCCGCGCCGGAAUUGGCGAAAAUCAGCUUUUGCCGCCAGCACCUUUCCUCCCGCCCUUCAUUGACCCGCGUGAUUUGAAAGAGGCUCUUUGUUGUGAGUACGGAUGCCAGGCUGAACGAGUGCUCCGAGAUGGCGACGAAAUCACGGCCGCUCUGCUCAAACACUACACUCUGGCAAGGAGAUGCGAUUCGGAUUGCCCUUUCGUUGAUUUUGGAUAAGUUUUUUCUUUCCUUUUUUCCUCCUCUCUGAGUAAAAUUUUUUUACAGAGGCGGCUGCCGUCCACGCGUCUGUUUUGUCGAGCGUCUUGAAGAUGUCUGGUUACCGUGCCGAAUUCCACCUCUCACACUUAUCCUACUCGUGGACCGGCAACACCUUGAAAGUGUGCGAUUGGUUCGCUAAACACUCAGCUUGCUUCCAAGGCGUCCGCUCCAUCACCGCGCGUUUCCGUCAAAUUGGCCAGCUUAUCGACCUCCUCGCCAACUGCAUACGUGCUACUGAAUCGAACAACUUUUUGGAGAUGAAAGAGUUUCUCUCCCUCGACUCUCUUCCCGACAGCCUCAGAGAAGAAUUUUUGACCAAUUUUGCUGCUCCGCUUGUUCAGACACAGCACACUCAACGAGUGGUGGAACGCAAAUUUUGCAAGGCUUUCGAACAGUUUGCCUCGUCGAUGCUCGUUCAAGAAGAUCGCGUGUGCGCCGUCUGUCGACAACUCACAUGUAGCCUAUACAUUAGAGACCGACCGUAUGCUCGUUACGCAACUUUUCUUGGAGAUCUGUCCGCUUCUGAUUCACAAGAGGACAACACCGAUGACGAGGAGCUGGCGGAUAGUUUUGACAGUGAGACCGAGAAGAAGAAGAAGAAGAAGGAGAAGGAGAAGGAGCAAAGAAAGAAGAGCAAUAAAAAGAAGAAGUCCUCUCACACCAUCGUUUGUUGUGACAUUUGCCAUAAGUCAAUGACGCGCCGUUCACAGCCUUGUCUGCCUGCUGCGGCCACUCUCAACAAGUUUCGUGAUGUUCCUGAUGUUCCUCAAUUGUCCUGUCUUAAUUCCAUCGAGAAGAUGUUGAUUGAGCGAAGUAGGCCACUCCAGAAAAUAUUAUUUCUUCACUCUAUCAGCGGAAAGAAAACAUCGAUGCGUUCCACCAAUGCUGUUAUGGUUGUAGUACCUACGGAGAUUGCCGCUACUGUUGAUCACGUUGUUUCUACGCUGCCCUCUGAAUCGAACUUGAUUAUUGACGUUCGCACAGGUUGGGAGAAGACCUAUGUUGUGCGUCUGCCAAAAGUUAUUGCGGCACUUGAGUUUCUCAAGACUAAUCAUCCCUUUUAUGCCGAUAUCACUAUCAACCCCGAUUUUCGUUUCGGCUUAGGAGAUUCGGUGAUCUUCGAGGAUGCGACCGCGACUCAGUCCGACGCCGACGCUCUUGUUUCCCGUGAAGACACGCCUGGCCAGUACAUACUCACGCAGGAUAUGGUACACGUUCAGCCUGUCCGGAGAGUCCAACAGCAGAGAGACUCCGCAACUGCAUUUUCAAAGUACACUUUGAAAAAGCAGGUGUACGCUCCGAAGAAGAUAUCGUCGAAGGAUCUCGAUCUCGACACGUUCCCUCUUCUCCACCCGUUCGGAGACGAUGGUAUGCACGCCACACGUGCCACUUUUGUCCGAUUGUCGAAAUACAUUCGGACACGUUUGCUGAACGUUGACCGUCGCUUUGCGACUAAUGCGAAAUGGAGUUGCUUCAUGUUCGCAUACAAGCAGCAACUGGCGAUUACGUCGGUCCAGGGUACGCUUCUUCUUUUUCACCUUCUCCUCACAUUUUUCAUUUUUUCAGGAGUUUUGGCGCGCGUUUCGGGAGCGCCCAGCCGCAAAGAGUUCGACGCAACGAGCGUGAAAAGCCAGAAAGUGAUGACCUCGCUUUUCCACAAAAUGCGGGGUUAUCCGCAGUAUUGGAAGUCGGUCAAACUCGAUUUGCGAUCUUCGAUCGCCACUUUCGGCACGCCGAGUUGGUUCGUCACUUUGAACCCGAACAUAAAAGGGUGGACGGAUUUACAUGCGCUCUACAACCGUGUUCUGCAACGCACCGAUAUCACCGAGCACACAAUCGAAACUGCAAUUUCCACGGAUCCUGUGAUUUUUGCCAGAUACUGGCGAAGAAAAGUGUUGUGCUUCAUGCGAGACAUUGUGUGCCGGCCAGAAGGAGGACCGCUGGGCAUAGUGACACAUUGGUUUUACCGAGUAGAGUAUCAGCACCGCGGCACCCAACAUGUCCACUGUUUGUUCUGGACUAGUGACAAGCCGAAUGUCUCAGCCUCUGCUUCUGAGGUCGAAGCGUACCUUGAUCGACACAUUACUUGUCGUAUUCCGGAUAAAGAAACAGAGCAAGAGCUUUACGCUCUAGUAAUAGCCAAUCAGUUGCACUGGGCUAACCACUCAUCCACAUGCCGUCGUAAGCGCAAAAUAAGAGGCCGAUGGAGCACUGACUUGUGCCGAUUCAACUUUCCACGACAAGGUACUGUUCGCUUUUGUUUUAAGCUCUUUUUCUUUAAAUACAUUUCUUUUUUCCAGCUCGGCAGAAAACGAUUUUCUAUUCUGAUUCGACCAUCAAGUCGAUGCCUAACAGUCGCGCUCGCCCGUACUAUUUGGCGCGAACGGCCGACGAGUCACUCGUCAAUGACUAUUCGCCUGGAUUGUUGCUCAGGUGGGGAGGAAACAUUGACACCCAAUUUAUCCCUGACGGUGUUCGUGAUAUGCUCAACUACGUGACAGGUUACACCACCAAAGGUGAAAAAGCGAAACGGGCAAACGAUAAAACUAUGUCGAAUCUCGCGAUGCAAAACUUGCGUGCCUCGAAGAUCGUGUGGAAUGUCGGAAUGACAAUGUUGGAGAAUCGCGAAGUUGGCAUGCUGGAAAUUAUGGAUGAUCUCUUGUCGCACUCAAACUUUUCGUUCGAUACCGCUCACGUUUUUGUGCACAACGAUCCGGUUGAUGACCGUGCUCGUGUGCUUGUUCCUCAACACCGUUUAGUGGACGAUGACAGUCGAAUGACUGAAGCUAACUGGAACGACGAUUUCUAUCCCGGCCGGCCACGUCAGUUCGAAAAUUUCUCACUCUACAAUAUUGUAACUAAUUUUGAGAUCGUCACAGCUAAGCCAGGUGUUCUCUUGCUCUCCUCGGUUUACUUACCUCCGUUUCUUUUUUUUCAGACUCUACCAUUCGUCGCAGCCGAUUUCCUUCUCCCCGUGACACCGAUGUUGACGACUAUUCGGCGUUGUGGCACACGAUCAACGCAGACAAAAAAACAGCGGAAGAGGACGCUGACGAUGAGGUUUUUUUCGGCGACGAAGAUCUUGCUGCUCAAGCUCGCCUCAACGACACGUCUCCUCGCUACCACUGCCACGACAGACAUAGUCCUUUUUACUGCCAUCCCGGUGUCAAGCCAGGCGAAAAGUUUGAGAUUCCUUCGUGCUUCCGCAAAUUCAUGCGGAAAAUAAAACCGAAGGUAACAGUACUUUUCUGCUUUUUUUAUAACUUCUUUCAGAUUGGUCGUUUCCAUCUUCCUCCUUUCAAUGCGGACGCUCUUGACGAAGGUGACGAUCAUUUUCGCCGCCUAGUCGUCGUUUUCGUUCCAUGGCGAGAUGAGCGCCUCAUCAAGGCUCGCUUUAGUGUCGACACCUAUCGAGAUGUGUGGCGAAUAUACUUGAAAACACUGAAAAAAGAGAGCCCGGAUGCGCGAGCCGACGUGGACCUGCUCAUGGCCGGAUACGAGAAGAUAAUGAAGGAAGAAUCGGACUAUUGCAACCGAAUGGACCAUAUUAAGAAAAUAAAAGAGAGGCUCGAAAUCGACGAGGAAGCCGUCGACAAACUCGAGAUCCAGCCGCGUACCGUCGACGCUGCGCAACAUGCAACUGCCAUUUCCGGCUUAAACGCAGUUCAAAAGGUACACUUCGCAGAUCCACUUUACGUUUUCCACUUUUUUUGUUUGUAGGACAUAUUCGACCUCAUCUGCUCUCGCAUUGCACAACAAGAAGCCGUUGAAGUCGUCAACAACGAGGCGCGUGCUCACAACAACACGUGCGCCGGGUCUCAAUUGGAGAGAAAAGAGCUUCGAGAGCGCCCCACACCGAUUCGAAUGUUUGUGAGCGGUACUGCCGGAACUGGCAAGUCAUUCCUCAUCAAUAUACUCGCCGACGAGCUCACUCAACGCUACACAGAAUCUGGCGCGACCGGUGUGAGGCCGGCCGUUUUGAUUGCGGCUCCGACUGGAAUUGCGGCACUUGCCAUCGACGGCAACACCAUCCAUUCUCUGUUCAGCAUCAAAGUGUCGCAGUACAAAAAAGAAGAAGACUUUGAAAGUCUCGACAACAAGCUCGACGAACUCCGCUUCCUUUUCUCGUCAGUGAAGCUUAUCAUUGUCGACGAGGUGUCCAUGGUCUCCAACGUGGUACUGAUGAAAAUUCAUCGGCGCCUGAAGGAGAUCAGCGGAGACCGCGAGAUCUUCGGCGGAUUUAACGUCCUUCUUUUCGGAGAUCUAUUGCAACUUCCGCCUGUCCGUGCGAUGCACGCCUUCAAGGGUAUCUUUUUGGGCAUUUAAUUCGGAGGGUACAAAAAUUAGGGGGUACUACAGGGUACAAGUUGUUUUGGGGUACAAAAAGUCGAGGGUACAAAAUUUUCGAUUCUAGGGUACAAAAAUUUACCGAUUCAGUAGGCAUUGAUUAAGGGGUACAACUUUUAUGAUUUAAGGGUACAAAAUUUCACGAUUUUGGGGUACAACAAUUUUUUUCCCAUUUUUUCAUGGGAGUCAUGGGUUUCAUCAAUUCAGUGAAUGUUUUUAGUUGUUUUACAAAAUUUUUUUACUCCGUGAAUGUUUCGUACUCCGAACCGCUUGAUCAGUUCCAGAGAUGUUUUUUAAAUGAGAUUUCAUGACCCCUCGAAGCAUUUUGCUUCCGAUAGAAUGUGGUUCAAACGGCGACCCUUUUGUUAUUAUAGGGGCACCGAACAGAAAGGGCGCUCUAUUGAUAAACUUUUUUGCAGUGCAAAUUCCGUGAGCUCGGGGCCGAGUUUGAAAAGUUAGGCCACGUUUUCAGUGGAAAAUUACUUCGCGGACUAGAAAUUUGGCCAGAUUGCGAACAGAACGUCCUUUCUAUUCGGUGCCCCUAUAAUAUUACUUACAAGUUGUUUUGCUGUUUUGGCCCCUUUAAAUUCUGCAAUUUCACAGCAGAAUUUCAGCAUCUGCUGUUGUGUGUGAAAUUUACCCAAUUAAAUUUUUUUCUCGAAAUUACACAAAAUACUGCAUAUAACAAAGCAUGGCUACACACGACUGUGUCUCGUGAGCUCUCAAAAAUUCAAAACUGGAAUGAAAACUUCGAAAAUGUGCUUCGUGCAACUUUUGUACCCCAAAAUCGUGAAAUUUUUACCCUUAACUCAUAAAAGUUGUACCCCUUAAUCAAUGCCUACUGAAUCGGUAAAUUUUUGGACCCCAGAAUCGAAAAUUUUGCACCCUCGACUUUUUGUACCCCAAAACCAUGAAAGUUGUACCCCAAAACCAUUUGUGCCCUGUUGAACCCCCUAAUUUUUUUGUACCCUCCGAAUUAAAUGCCAUCUUUUUGUUUUUACUCUUUAUCGCACACUUUUUUUUUCCAGAGAUUCCGCGCCACGAAAUGCACCGCAUAUUUGGCGCGAUGCACGUGUCAAUUAACCUUUGGAGAACGCUCCAGUACAGAGAACUGCUCGAAAACAUGCGACAAAAAGAAGAGCUGAAAAUGGUCCAAAUGCUGUGCCGCAUUCGUUGUGGAGCGCAGACUCCGGAAGACAUUGCUCUCCUGAUGACCCGCAUGAUUCCGGCCAAGGUCCCGUUCGAUCCGACACCUGAAGAGGACGCAGCCUUCUUCCUCGAGCUUCUCAAAACGGACUCCUGUGCGAUGGCUCUUUUUCCAACAAACGAAGAGGUGAACCGCAUGAACGCAACGAUUGUUGAGCUCAUCAAACUCGACACAAUCGAAAUUAUGGCAAAAGAUGUCGUCGAGAAAAAUGCCUCCGAUUUCAUCACGAGGAAACUGAAGCAGCGAACGGGCAGCAAACCUUGGAAUCGAAUGCCUUUGCACCGCCUCAAACCACACUUGCAGAAACGCCUUCCCGAUGCGGGUUCUGUUGAUGUUGGAGUCGACCGCCAGAUGCGCUCUGGCUUGCCGUAUCGUCUCGUCGUUGCUGUCGGAGCUCGCGUAAUGCUGCGCCAAAACGUCGACAUUUCCAUGCGCUUGGUUAACGGCGCUACCGGUGUCGUCACGAAGAUCGUCUUUGACAGCGUCAACACUCGCCCUUCGUGGAUUUACGUACGGUUUGUGCAUUAUUUCUCAUUUCUCCACUUUUUCCCUUUUCCAGGUGGGACGGUGACCCUCCGUUUGAAGUUCCGAUCUGCGAGCGCCAAGUCUUCUUUGUCAGAGACGAGGACGUCGUUUCGCGGUCCCAGUUUCCGCUGGUUCUCUCAUACGCCGCCUCCAUCCACAAAGCACAGGGCCUGACGUUGAAGAACGUUUUUGUAAGGCCGAAGAACAUCUUCUCCGGAGGCAUGUUCUACGUGGCAAUAAGUCGUGUUACAUGCCUGACCGGACUGCACUUGUCCGGUUUUGCCGAGUCGAAGAUCUUCCACGACCCCGAUGCGCUCAAGGAAGCCGAUCGUUUGCGCCGACUCAUCAAACUUCUGCCACUUCAAGAUGCGCUGAAGGCUUCAGAGAACGACAACAAAACAGUUGCCGUCACUAUCGCUCCGACUCUCAAACAAGUGCCCUCGCCUUCGUCUUCUCUUUCCUCGGCACCUUCGCAAGAGCUUUUGUUGAACCGAACACAGGAAUCUGUUGGAGUUGUGCAAGAAAGCCAGAAAUCUCGCUUAUCGACACGUUCUCAGCGCGUUGCACACUUCUUGUGGACAUCUGACGCACAAAUCAAGAACCUCGUUCCCCGUCUUACCUUUUCGCCAACGGUCGAAAACGAAACAGCCGCGUUGACCGAAUCGGUCGCCAUUGCGCUUCUCCAUUCCGUCACAAUGAUGGAGCAAUUGCACACCUCGCUGUUGUCUCUGUUUCAGUCGCUGCAGGGCAACGAAGAAGAUGAAGACGUCACAUUUAUGUCAAUCCGUCUAUGUCUCCUCCGAGCCAACAACGACACUUCGGAUUUGAUUCAAAGCGUUGGCGGUUCUGCCGCGACCAUGUUCGGAAUGAUAGCCAGCGUGUUGACGGUACUAUUUCCUUUUAUGCCUCAUACUUUUUUCUAUUUUAAGGCUCUUCCCGCGAACCUGCGCUCGUGUUUUGAACGACGAACCGAGGUAACGUCCACUUGCAGCCGUUGCAAAAAUGUCAGCAUUUCCGCGCGUCCACGCCAAUUUGUUUGGCUUGAAGCUGAAGAUUCACUCUUCGGACAUCUUCACCUCGUCGUCGACGAACACUGUCGUCGUGCCACUCCCGUUGAUCGCCGUUGCGAUAAACUCGUUGAUGGCAUUCCGUGUGGUGGAAAAACUGUCGAGAUACAAACUUGCGGAUCUGGUUCCAAGUACCUAUUUGUCGUGCAGCCAGCUGAAAGCUCGUCUUAUUUGCCGCUCAAAAGCGACCCUGUUCUUAUCGGUCGCUCCCGUUUUCUGCUGCUUGGAGCUGUUGGCUUACGCAACCGUGAUGCCUACGAAUUGCCGACUGUUUGGUACCGAAGUCCUGAAAGUGGUUGGUUGUGCUCGGACAACGGAGGCGUAACGCUUUCAUCCAAUUCAUUCCUCGAGAUGAGCAAUCUCAACUUUUUCGUAUAUGUCGAGAAAGCGUACGCGCGCGCUACGUCUCAGGCUAGGUUGCAAGAGAAAGAGGAGGAUAUGGUUCUCGACGACUUCCAAGAUUUGCGCAACGAUGCUUCAUUCUCCUCCCACGACGAUGGCGAAGGCGAACACCAUUCGCGGCGAGCUGCCACUCGUCCCGGUAUAAUCGCCGCCGGCCACCCGCCAACCGUGUCGGACUGGGUCGAUAACGAGGACUUCACUUCCGAUCCCUUCGCGCCUGACCCCGCUAUCGACGCGGUUUACUCAGCCAUUCUCGAACAGAGCGGUCCACCUUCGAAACCUUACUUGCUCUUGUUGAAUGCCAACGGAAAUGACUGCUUCCUCAACUCGGCGGUUAACAUAUUGUUUAGUUGCACCGAUUUGCGCAAGCAACUCAUCAUUCGACCGUUCUUCGAAAUGGAAAAGUCUGAAGAAGCGCUACUCAGAUCGUGGUACGAAAUGCGUCAGCUUUUCUCUCGGGCAUCCUCGUCACCGGUUCGCAUGCGAAACGCUCUUCCGCAGCCUCUUCAUAGCGGUCAACAAGACAUUCGCGACGUGCUCGUCUUCAUGUUUGAGGUUGUUGCAUACAUACAAACGCACACACACACACACACACGUUUUUUCCAGUGUCUUCAUCACUGUUCGGAUUCGUUCAUUCUUGAUACAGUGCUUGUUCACUGGUACAAGCAAACAACAUGUGACACGGUCGGAUGUGUGGACAUUCAGUCGCGCUCGAAAACUGCAUGGCACACUCAUCUUUUUUUAACGGACAACAAUCCGUUGUGGGACCUCAAUGAGGCGAUGCAGGAAAGAUGGUGUCCCCAGCGAUCAAAAUGCUCGAAAUGUAGCAGCGGAGUGGUUAUGCUCCAAUCGCACGUGUUCCAUUCGCCUAAAUACCACCUCGUUUUUGCGAAUCAAAGUUAGUUUUCGCGUCCCGUCUCUUCCUCUUCUUCCUCAACACUUUUUUUUGCAGACGAAGCUCGUCUCGAUUUCGAUGUCUGCAGACACGUAUCGAUUUUCGGCCACCAAUGGCGUCUAAUCAGUUUUGCUGCAUUCGAACGGAUAGGCCCACAUGGCCACUACGUUUGUUGGCGACUGCUUGAGUCCGGCGAAUGGGUGCGUGUCAGCGACCAAAGUGACAACAAUAGGAAACCGUCAAAUAACUUGAAUUUGAAAGAUUACGGAGCUCUCGUUAUUGUUCUUGAAAAAUUAUGAUCCAUAAAUAAUUUUUUUUUGCCGCCGUCUCAUUUCUACAUCCACUUCGAUUCCGUUUAGACGGGUUACCGUUAUCUUAUCAUUUUCUCAUUUC